UAUGCUCCAGCCAGACAGGCGCAAAGUCCAAGCCGCAGGCCGAAAAGGAGAUUCGGCCUCACGAGAGUCUGCCUUACCCCGUCUCCUCAUGUGCCUGGGGUCCGAAACACUGCCGUGGUCGCAGAGCCGCCGUAAGACCACGGCAAGAUCUGUAGAACAAGGACAACGCGUCCUGCAAUAAUUCCUGCCGAAGAAGCCUAAUAGUGGGAAACGUCGACGA